AUGCUUGCGGCCGAAUGGAGACCUGCAAGAGAGUCAGUAUCCUGCAAGGACUCAUCCACUAAGUCAACACAAAUAGCACACGGGGUAGAGCCGAAUGGAGUAAUAGGGGGGAAUGGAACACUGGGGGCGAGAUAUUGGAAGUCGAAGGAGGUCACGUUGUGUCCAUUGGUCGAAAAGACCGGCACAACAAAGUUCGUACCUCCAAAAGGCCCAAGGGAUCGCCUUGUUCGCCUAGCUGUACACAAUGCAAUUCAGUUCUAUGACGUCCUGGAUCGCCUUGGUUAUGAUCGCCCGAGCAAGGCGGUCGAUUGGCUCAUCAAAAAGGCCAAGGCAUCUAUCGAUGAGCUUGCGCAUUUGCCUGCCUGGUAUCCCACCAAUGGUUCUGCAGCAAAUGUAAAUUUUGGGCAAGAAGAAGCCCAAAAACAACUGGAGGAAAAUCAGCAGCACUAUACUGAUGGCGUGGAUACUAAUCAAGAACUGCACGCUAGUUUUUUGGCUCCAUCAGUGGACUUCGAUGAUAUAGCAGACACUAUCAAUUCGUUUUUUCCAAUAGCUGGUACAGCUGAGGCAAGCUCCUCAGCUAUGCACUUUCAGAGCUUCCCAACUUCAGAUUUGCUAUCAAGAACCAGUAGUCACAGCCAAGAUCUGAGGCUCUCUUUACGCUCUUUUCAAGAUCCAAUUGUACUCCACCACCACCACAACGAACAGCCUCACCGGUAUCAGAGCCCCAGCCACCACACUGAACAAGUCCAUGUUCAAGCACAUGUCCUAUUCACUGAAACCACUCCACUUCCACUAGGGUUUGAUGGCAACACAGGCUGGUCUGAACACGAUCAGCAACCUAGUUGGAAUACCAGUAGAAACGCCUCAAACGGGAGUGGUAGAGAAGCAGGAUUCUUGUUCAAAUUGCCACCAGCAGCACAGUCAUUAGGCCAAAACCAGUUCUUUUCUCAGAUGGGACCCCUUCAGUCCAGCAAUGCACCUUCUUUUCGUACUUAG